UCGCAAUUAACUGACUGACCUGCCCAUACAAUCCAGACACGACUUGGGUCAGAAUCGCUUAGAAGAGGGGAGGUUUGACCUUGCAAGGCUGUUCCUUUCUCUUGGUGAUACGAUUUUUCUCUUGUCUUUUUUCCUAUCCGUUUGACAUCUGUUUGUUUUUGUCCCUCCUCCCCCCCCAAACUGUUGUUAUCAGCAUGGUGCGUUUAAGGGAGAUCCCCCGGACAGCCACCUUUGCUUGGUCUCCCGGGGCAGCAUCGCCAUUGAUUGCUACCGGUACUCGAGCAGGCGCCGUCGACGUCAAUUUCUCAAAUGAAACAUGCCUCGAGUUGUGGGAUCUAGGCUUGGACCGCCCGAACGCCGGAGGGGAGCUCCAACCUGUCGCUAAGAUCGAUACCGACUCCGGAUUCAAUGAUCUUGCGUGGACAGAAUCAGAAGAUAACAAACGAGGUAUCAUCGCGGGUGCGCUAGAGAAUGGGUCGUUAGAUCUAUGGGAUGCGGAUAAACUGCUGGGUGGAGAGAGUGAUGCCUUAAUGUCGCGGACCUCCAAGCACUCGGGUGCGAUCAAAGCACUGCAGUUCAACCCCAAACACUCGAACCUUCUGGCCACUGGAGGAGCCAAGGGGGAGCUUUACAUCUCCGACCUGAACAAUCUUGCGAACCCAUUCCGUCUCGGCAGCACUGCCGCGCGGGCCGACGAUAUCGAGUGCUUGGACUGGAACAAAAAGGUCGCCCAUAUCCUGGUCACUGGUAGCAGUGCGGGUUUUGUUACCGUGUGGGAUGUCAAGACGAAGAAGGAGAGCUUGACUCUGAACAACAUGGGUCGCAAGGCUGUCAGCGCUGUUGUUUGGGAUCCUGAAAAGCCCACGAAACUGAUCACCUCGACACCGCUAGAAUCGGAUCCGUUGAUCUGCGUCUGGGAUCUCCGAAACUCCCACGCUCCGGAACGGACUCUGAGAGGCCACGAGUCGGGUGUUCUGUCGCUGUCGUGGUGCGCGCAAGACCCUGACCUCCUGCUCUCUUCCGGAAAGGAUAACCGCACGAUUUGCUGGAACCCUCAGACCGGCCAGGCCUACGGCGAGUUCCCUGUUGUUACCAACUGGACUUUCCAAACUCGCUGGAACCCCCACAAUCCCAACUUUUUCGCGACUGCCUCCUUUGACGGACGGAUCUCGGUUCAGACCAUCCAGAACACCAGCACAGAGACUGCUCAGGCCAUUGUGGAUCAAAACCAGUCUCUCGACGGUGAAGAUUUCUUUGCAAAGGCUCAGACUCAGCCCCAAGUCUCUACUUUUUCGCUUCCCAAGCCUCCCAAGUGGCUGGAGCGACCCAGCAGCGCUGCGUUUGGCUUUGGCGGCAGAGUCGUCUCGGUUGGCUUAGCUGAAAAGGGCAAGCGCGCCUCGAAGGUCCGCAUCACUCCUUUCGAAGUGGAUGAGUCUGUUGGGAAGUCCACGGAAAGCUUUGAAAACGCACUGCGCGAGGGAGACCUGAAGUCCAUCUGCGAAGCCCGCAUCACGGGUGCCACGACCGACGAGGAAAAGGCCGACUGGAAGGUCAUCGAGACUUUGCUUUCCGAGAGUCCCAGAAAGAGCCUUGUGGAGUAUCUCGGGUUCAAUGACCAGCUUGAUGAAGCUGCGGAUGGAUUGGCCAAGCUUCAGGUCGACAAAGAGGAGUCGGAAACCAACGGAGCCGCGACUGAGACGGAAUCCCGCGGGUCGGGAGCGAAGAAGCAUAAACGCCUGCAGUCAAUCUUUGACACUAAUGCCGAAGGAGACAAUUUCCUGACCGACCUGGCCGCUUCCAAGGGUGCCAGGACCAACAACCCGUUCCAGAUCUUCACCGGUAACGAGUCCGAGGCGGAACGCCGGAUCACCCGUUCACUUUUGCUUGGAGACUUCGAGAAGGCUCUUGAUGUCGCUCUUCAGGAGGACCGCAUGUCUGACGCAUUCAUGAUUGCCAUCUGUGGCGGUCAGAAGUGCAUCGACAAGGCACAAGAGUUCUACUUCUCUAAGCAAACCGGAGGCCCCAACUACCUGCGCCUGCUUGCGUCCAUCGUCGGCAAGAACCUCUGGGAUGUUGUUCACAAUGCGGAUCUGUCCAACUGGAAGGAAGUCCUUGCGGCUCUCUGCACGUUCGCCGACGAGAAGGAAUUCGCUGACCUGUGUGAAGCUCUGGGUGAUCGCAUUGAAGAGCAGAUUCGCAGCACGGAUGACAAGUCUGGCCGGAAGGAUGCCUCCCUCUGCUACCUUGCGGGUUCCAAGCUCGAAAAGGUCGUCGGCAUCUGGAUCGAGGAGCUUAGGGAAAACGAACAGAAGAACAUCGAGACUGCCACGGAGAACACCUCUUUCUCCAUUCACGUCCAUGCUCUGCAAAGUCUGAUCGAGAAGGUGACCAUCUUCCGCCAGGUCACCAAGUUCCAGGACACGGAACGCAGCAAGGAGUCAGACUGGAAGCUCAACGUCCUGUAUGACAAGUACAUCGAGUACGCCGACGUUGUUGCGACACAUGGACGCCUGCAGAUCGCGCAGAAAUACCUCGAUCUUGUGCCGGAGAAGCAUCCGGAGGCUGAAGUCGCUCGCAACCGUAUCAAGCUGGCCACUCGCCAGCCUGCCCCCCAGAGAUCGCAGGCCGUCCCCGUCUCUGCGGCCAGGAAAUCUUCCAAGGCUCUCCCUCAGCCGAGCACCUACACGCCUCAGUCUACCUUUGCUGCCAGCGCACCUGCAGCGCCCACCCCGCCGCCGGCUCAGAAUCCGUAUGCGCCCCCAACUGCUGCUGCUGCCGCAGCCCCGGUGCAACCCGCGAACCCGUAUGCGCCUCCUGCUUCCUCGCAACCGGCCAACCCUUAUGCAUCCAUCCCCAAUACUGGCUAUGCUCCGACCGGCUACCAGCCUCCGCAACCCAUGAGGUCUGCUGCCGUGCCCCCGCCGCCGGGACCCUAUGGUGCCCAGACGUAUGGUACAGGCGUUCCUCCGCCUCCCCGAGCCUCUACCUCGUCGCCUGCCGUGACGACGUACACGGUGCCCCGCAACAUCCCUGCGUGGAACGACCUGCCAGACGACUUUGCAAAGGUCUCGGUGUCUCGCAAGAGCACUCCGGCAGCCGCACCAGCUGCUAUCAAUUCGCCCUUCCCGAACCAAUCGCCCACGCUUCCUCAAGGCGGUCCUCCCCCCGUUGGGCAACCCCAGCGAGCACCCUCCGUCCCGCCUCCGCCCAAGGCUGGAGCUCCCCCCCCGCCCCGUGUGAUGUCUCCACCAGUUGCUCCGCAAGUGUCCUCUAUCCCAGCACCGCCUACUAACCCAUACGCGUCCUUGCCUCGGUCUCCACCUACCGCCAUGCCGGGCAUGAGCGUGCCUCCCGUGGCUCGUGGUCCAUCUCCCUACAACGCGCCUCCCUCCGCUCCCCCGCCUACGAACAGAUAUGCCCCGAGCCCGGUCCCACAGGCUGCUGCUCCCCAGAUGCAGUCUCGUGGUUCGAUCCCACCUCCGCCGCAGGGAGGAGUCGCUCCGUCGCCGUAUGCUGCCCACCCUCCGCCGGUGGCCAACCCAUAUGCUCCUUCCGGCCCCCCGACUACACAGCAGUCUAUGCCUCCCCCUCCUCCUCAGGUCCCCUCUCAGGGUUCCCGACCUAGCACUGCGCAGUCGCAGAAGAAGGUCGCGCCUGCACCUCCAAAGUACCCAUCCGGCGAUCGCUCCCACAUUCCCGCUGACGCGAUGCCCGUCUUUGAGAUUCUGUCGGCAGAUAUGCAGCGCGUCAAAUCCCGCGCACCAUCCUCAUUCAAGGCGCAAGUGGAUGAUGCUGAGCGACGAUUGAACAUCCUGUUCGACCAUCUCAACAAUGAGGAUCUGCUCAGACCCAAUACAGUCGCGGACAUGACAGAGCUGGCGCGGGCCAUCCAGGCGCGUGACUACGAGACGGCUCGGACCAUCCAUCUCGACCUCCUCACUAACCGUACAGACGAGUGUGGCCAGUGGAUGGUUGGUGUGAAACGAUUGAUCAGCAUGAGCAGAGCAACUCCCUGAGUAAGUCGUAAUAGUAGUGCAUAGAGAAAGAAAAAAGAGUAUAUCUUACUAUGUAUGAAGGCACGGGGUGAUAUAAGUG